UGUGGCCACAGUUUGGUGUUUGUUAACCCUCAAAUUUGUGAGAGCCAAUCAACUGUAAGCAUAAGCUAUGAUAUAAGACAAACCAGAUAGAUGAGUUGUUGAAUGCUUGGUGUGCCAUGGCGUCUGUUCUCAAAGUAUCUUCGUUUAUCUCUCCUAUGCACCAAAAGUUGAAUUAUGUCAGCUUUUCGCCCAAAUUUCAGCAGGUUAGUGUAAGAAAUGGGAGAUUGAAUGUUCCCACUAUGAGAGUAAAAGCUCAAACUGCUGUUGAAGGGGAUGUAAUUGAAAAUGAAUCAGUUUCCUCCAAUGAAGACAACGAUUAUGGAGUUGUUAGCGUUCACCAUGUUGGAGUUUUAUGUGAAAACCUAGAAAGAUCUCUUGACUAUUAUCAAAACAUUCUAGGUCUUAAGAUAAACGAAGCAAGGCCACACGAUAAACUUCCAUACCGGGGUGCAUGGUUUUGGGUAGGGUCUGAAAUGAUUCACUUAAUGGAACUUCCAAAUCCUGACCCUCUAACCGGACGACCUCAACACGGUGGUCGAGAUCGUCAUACUUGUAUUGCAAUUCGAGAUGUUUCUAAGCUCAAAGCAAUUCUCGAUAAAGCUGGUUUACCCUACACACUUAGCCGUUCAGGAAGACCGGCAAUCUUUACUCGUGAUCCUGAUGCCAAUGCACUAGAGUUCACACAAAUAGAUGAUUAAUGUUUCUGGAAAUUUUCACCUCUCUGUUGUUCACAAAGCAAAUGACUAGAAACUAGAAAUAUAUGAAUAUAUGUAAAUGAUUGUAUAUAUGUAAAAGUCUGAACAAAGUUGCUGAGAUUCUUCACAAUAGAUAGGAGCCAUGUCUCCCCAAAAAAAACUUCAUUUCAUUUCUUUCAAAAUUGUCUGAAAAAUGAAGUUCGAAAGAAAAUUUCUCCAA